AUGAUCUCUCAUCGCAUUGAAAACAUUUUGAGCAACAUUAAAGCCGUGGGUAUGUCAGAAACAUACAAUUGAAACUUGUAGAGUCCAACCUGAAGAUGCUGGGCUUUGGGAGUCCAGGUUUCUAAUUUCGAAAGGUUCCAAAUUUCAAUUUUUGAUUUAAAUAUUUUCAGCGAUGCUGCAGCCAACGUUUAAUCUCCCUUGCAGCGUUGACUCGUUGGAUUGGUUUUAUGCCGUAUCGAAUGAUAUAAUCGGAGCCAUCGCUAUUUUUUUGAGUUCUGUGGUGGUCUAUCUGAGCCGGCAGACUCAUGAAAUGAAAGUUUAUGCCAAAUUGAUUAUUUUAACAUCCUGCUUCACCAUCUUGUUGAGCCUUACCAGGAUCUUUAUUGCGCAGGUAAGUCAAUUGCACGAGAAGAAGCAUCUCGAAAGCAAUCAUUAUGAUAUAAAUCGUAAUGUUUCCUUGGGCAUCUUGCCCAGAAAGGUGGACUUUUCUGGACUGUUUCUUCCGCAGAACUCCUUUCGAACUGCUGGAAACAGGUCAGGCAGUUCUAAUGCUCGCCAUAAAAACAUAGGCAAUUUUUUCGCCGGCGUUGCGCGUGAAAUUUGGGGUAUCAGCGCGAAGAAGAGCUUGUCGCAUGGGUAAAAACGCAAAGUUGCGCCAACAUUCACAAAAAAUAUUAAACGCACAGUGAAAAUUAUCUGAACUUCAAGGCGCGUACAAACUCUUGGCAAAAUCCUUUUUUUUCUCUUUUUGAAGUUCCUUUUUGGAAAGCGCAGAAGUUCAUUUCCACAAAAUUUUGCAAAUACAAAUUCAAGCCCUUUCUCCGGCCGUUUCUACUCAUUGCUUCUCGGGAGCACAGAUCAUUGAAUUCGAUCCUUUUUUUGUUGCUAUUUCACAGCGUUGCGCCACAAUUAACGUAUUUUUUCAAAGCCGCAAUAGGCAAUCACAAGCUGAAUUUUUCCAUUUGAGAUUACUAUCCGUUUCUUGCUUUCCAAUUACACUUUAAUUUAUCUUAAGCGCCCAAUCUCCACAAGUGAUUACAACUACUAUUUUACUACCUCGUUUGUCCUUUACCAUGCCUCUGCCGGAUGGCAACAUGUUGGGAUUGUCAUCAAUCACCUUGUGGUCUACAUCCAUGUCGGGAUCCCCGUUAUUCAAAUCUAUUAUCGAUAUAAAGUCCUCAAAGCCUCAGAUGUGACUGGACGCCAACUAUUCUUUGUGUUUUUCGUUGUGGUGCUUUACAGUUUUAUCAAUGCUAUCACUUUUUUAUCGAUUUUCCACAAAAAUCCGGUAAUCUUUACUGAAAAAGUGUUUGGAGGGGCUGAAGGUUGCAACCAGAAGACGAUUCCGACCUUCACCGUGCUUGACAAGGUUUGUAGAUCAGCUCAGAAAAGGUAUUUCUUGUUUAAGAGAACUCUCGCCAGCCAGAUACACAAUGUCUUUGGACAUACAGGAUUGUCUAUUAGUUACAUGUUGGUGGUUUAUUACACAUAUCGGGCGUGGAGGGUGUUCAAGGACAAUGCGGGGAAAAUUACGAGGAAAAAAGAGCACAUCAAUCGAGUUGUGACAAUCGUAUUUUUUUUACAGGUAAGCAGCGUGAUGCACGAAUAAUAGAAAAAAAGUUUUCAUGACUUUUUAAGACUUGUGGUAUGAUCUAAAUACAUUGUAAUCUAAAAGUUUCAGGUCAUCCCUCCAUUCCUCUUCACCGUCCUUCCUAUCAUAAUUUUUGCAAGUCAUAUUUUACCUUCGUCUUUGAUGGGGUAUAUCAGCGUUGUUCUUGGCGUUGGGCCUUCGUUAACCCCGUUGUUUGAUUCGCUCACAAUUCUGUUUAUUAUCCCAUCGUAUCGAAGAAGAUUCUUGAAAGUGAUGAGGCUGAGUAGUCCGACCUUAGUCUCUACAUCAUGGUCCAAAAAUUCAGUCGGAGCUGUGCAGCCAGUGAGGAGCUUGUAGAUGUGUAAUACAUAUGCAGUUUGUGAUUCUUGUGAUGCAAAUAAAUUGUAUCCGUACGAGUCAAAAGUCUGCUUUGUACGUGUAUUUUGUAAUACAUAAUAUGUAGUAUUCAAAUAGUAUUUAUAAUGCAUACUGUACAAAACAAAGAAGCGUUUGAGUGAUGGAGAAAUUGACUCAUUUCAUUAUAAAUACAAUUUACGGUACUUUCAAAACAAGGUCUUUUAUUAGUCUACGAGGAAAUGAUCUAAACUUCCUCCUUCAAGAAAAUGACAAGGACAGGGAGAUAGAGCAGGUCAACUUUAGCAGAAAUAGCAUGUUCGAAUUGAGCACUUCUCUUAAGUAAUGGCCCCAAAUCAUAUACCUACAAUGCGCAGGCUCUUAUUUGUUGUCAUAACGCUCACCUACAAGUGUCGAGCCUUUUUUUCUGUGAGGAGGUACACGUAUACAUCACACCUUAAGUCUUAUAAUAACGACCGUCCUAAAAAAGGCAGUCCUACAAGCCAUAUGUAAAUAGUAUAUAGGAAGCAGGCCUAUAUUUUUAAAAGCUAUGAAGCUCAAGAGAUGUUGUCAUGAGGAUGUUCUAAAUAGUUGUCAUUAAAAAGUUGACGUGUUGAACUUGACGUUUAUCAACAUGAACCACAACAACCAGACAACAAAUUGGUCAUGUUAACCUUGACGAAGGUACACAACUGUGCAUGGGCUACAAUUAGAAAGAACAUAUAUAUAUACUAUUCGGAAGAAAAACAGGGCUUACUUCCCAUCGUAUUUGUAUGUUAAAAUAUCCUGUGUAUCCCUUUUGUGCCGCUUCAACGCACAUUGUAUUCCAAAUUUAGUGAAAGAAGAUGUUAAAAGGCAUAUUGCAAGACAAUUAACUACACUCUGAGACCAACCAUAACAAUUGUAUUCCUUUAUUCGUGUACUCUGCGAUGCUAGUGAGUAUACCGUGUUAUAAUGACUUGUUGGAUCCAAAUUUUUUAUUUAUUUAUAUUGUUGGAGGAUUAUCGGUGUUAUUUAAUUCGGCAGUCAUAUUUCUUAGUCUCCGACAAUCAGCUGAGCUCAGGAUGUAUUCCAAAUUGAUUAUUUUGAGCUCCAUGUGCAACAUUGGAAUAAGCGUCUCGAGGAUUUUGGUUGGAUUUGUAAGUCCUGCUGAGCUGAUAUUUACUAGUAUUUGUUCUUAAACCAUGACAUACUGAUUUGCCUCAAAACUUGAGUAGUUCAUGGUAUUUAUAUAAGAUUACAUUACGAUAUAUGGCAUAUUGAUGGGGAACCUUUGAAAGAAAGGGAAAAGUAAAAUGAAGGGAGAAAUCCUACGGAAAAGAAAAAGACGCCUGAUCGUAUCUUUCACACAAUUUGAGCGGGCGACACUGAUUCACAAGUGAGAAGGCUAAUUUGCGUUUCUCGUCAUGUCUAGACUUCGCAAGUUUUUAGAGCAAUGAUUUAUGAAAACGAGCCGAAAAACACCAUAGGUCACACAAAGGAGCGCUGGGAGUAUCGCAAAAUCGCGAUAGGUCCAUUAUCGUUGUUUUUUCGGCAAUUAUGUUACCGUUAUACAUAUCGCAAUAAAGACGGGAUAAAAUUAGCUUAUGCGAAGAGUGAUUUUUUGCACAAAGUUUGCGAUAAACUCUUGACUUUUAACAAAACUCCAAGCUCUGACACAGAGUACAAUCUUAUAGUGCGUAUCAUAAGAUUAAAGCGUCACUGUAAGAAUUGUAUUUUACAGAAUAACCUUUCAGAAAGCAACGUUCAUUCACGACCAUCUCGUUUACUUCACUUUGUCACCCAUCUUUUACAGCGCCUCCAACCAUGUGCAGGAGAUAGCAAUAGUGCUCUCCUUUGUUUUCUCAUUUACUCAGUCGAUGAUCCCCGCAAUUCAGUUUUUCUACCGCUACCGGAUAAUGAAAGAGUCAUUUGUCUCUCAACGCACACUAUGGUUUGCAUUCGGAGUUCUUUUUUCUUACAAUUUCAUUGAUGCAAUUACUUUUAUCAUCAUCUUCGAAGACAACCCACAGCGAUUUGAGAAAAUGGUUUUUAGCAACAUAGAUGCUGGCUGUGGGGAAAUUGGCCGACCGACGUUUACUGUAAUUGUGUCGGUGAGUGGUUGAACAAAUCUUUGGGAAGCCAAUGACAUGAAAAUGUUGAACAUUUGUAGGCAAAACCAUUGAGUUUCUGGCAUAAUGCGAUGAGCAAUCUUGGAAUGCUUGGCAGUUUUGUUGGGGUCCUCUAUUACGGUCUCAAAACAUGGAUUUUAUACAAUCAAAGUGCAGCGAAUAUAAUGCACAGACGACGAAGACUCAAUCGACAGCUCACUUAUAUGUUGAUUUUACAGGUAAAACAAGCUCUUGUCUUGUUUAAAAAUAUAAAUUUUAAAUAUUUUAGACAGCACCUCCAAUGUUAUUCACUGUUGUGCCAGUGUUGAUGUUCAAUUCUCAUCUUUUUUCGAAUCAAAUCCUGGAAUACACAACCUUGGCCUUAGCUCUGGGACCCACUUUUACCCCUCUAUUUGACGCGUUUACUGUGAUUUUUAUUCUGCCGUCCUUUCGACGAAGGUUCUUCGGAUUGCUCAGGUGUAAAGUGCCUACAUUAUCUACAAUUUCCGUCGUCUCAACGUCUGCGAAACAGGGCAAACCUGGAAGAUGA